GCCCGAGCCGCUGCUGGCCGGCUGUCGUCCCUGUCAUCGCUGCAGACCCAGGAGGGAGAAGCAGCACCCUGGCCAGCAUCCCCAGCUUCAGCAUCCCCGGCAGCAGCAGAAACAAUGCAUGAAGGCUUCAGAGAGGAGGGCAGCUAAAGAUCAGAAAAGCCAACUGCUUCGGAUGUAUCAUUCACCAUGACCAGUCCCCAGCCCACCAUAGAAGGAGGGGUUCCUGAAGUUGAGAUCAUCUCCCAACAAGUGGAAGAAGAAACCAAAAGCAUGGCUCCAGUCCAGCUGGUGAACCUGGCUUAUCGAGACCUGCCCCUGGCUGCCCUCGAUCUCUCUGCUGCUGGCUCACAGCUUUUAUCCAACCUGGACGAGGAAUUCCAAAGGGAAGGGUCCAGCUGGCUGAAGCCGUGCUGUGGAAGGCGAGCCUCCGUGUGGCAGGUGUUUUUACUGAGCGCGAGUCUCAACAGCUUCCUGGUGGCCUGUGUCAUUCUGGUGGUGAUUCUUCUGACCCUGGAACUGCUGAUAGACAUAAAGGCUCUGCAGUUUUCAAAUUCAUCCCAGUUUGCUGGAGUCAGUCACUGGAUCAGCCUGGUCAUCCUGUCUGUGUUCUUCUCAGAGACAAUUCUGCGCAUUGUGGUCCUUGGGAUCUGGGAUUACAUCGAAAACAAAAUUGAGGUGUUUGACGGGGCCGUGAUCAUCUUAUCCUUGGCCCCCAUGGUAGCAUCCACCGUCGCCAAUGGUCCCAGCAGCCCAUGGGAUGCCAUCAGCCUGAUCAUCACCCUCCGAAUAUGGAGAGUAAAGAGAAUCAUUGAUGCUUAUGUCCUGCCGGUGAAGGUGGAGCUAGAGAUGGUCAUUCAGCAGUACGAGAAAGCCAAGGUCAUCCAAGAUGAGCAGCUGGAGAGGCUCACGCAGAUUUGCCAGGAGCAAGGGUUUGAAAUCCGGCAGCUAAGGGCCCACCUGGCCCAACAGGACCUGGACCUAGCGGCCGAACGGGAGGCAGCCUUGCAAGCCCCUCACGUCCUCAACCCGCAGGGCAGUGCCAGGUACAAGGUGGUGGACGCAGGAGACUCAGACGAUGACGAGAGCACAGAGAACAUCACGGAGUUGCGGCCCCCUCACGAAGCCAUGGUGAAGGAUGACAUGACUAGCUCCAUCAGCCAGUAUCACAAUGAGCCUAGCAGCGACAGUGGGGUUCCUGAGCCAGCCAUCUGUGUCAUCACCACAGCCGCCAUUGAUAUCCACCAUCCUGACACCUCCUCUGACCGGUUCACAGUGGACAUGCCCCUGAAACUGGGUAGCAAUGGCACCUGUCCCAGCAUCACAUCCGGGAGCAUGUCCUGCUCCAUGGGCAGCUCAGUCACAUGGGCCCAGAGUGACAGUAGUCAGACCCUGGGCUCCUCAACAGACUUCAGCACGACCCGGGAUGAGUCCUCAGAGCUCUGCCCGUUGGAACAGGGGGGGAAUUUCCCCCCGGUGAAGGCCUCCCAGCCCCAGGUCAACAACACUGUGGUCCAGGAACUCCUCUCCUCCUUCUCGGAGGAUUCCUGCUUAGCACAGAAAGGAUUGGACCUAGUAAAUCUCAGAAGGCCUAGCCCAGCCAGUUCAGCCCUGACCAGCCCAGAGGUAGAACACAGGGUAAAGAUGUAUAAUGAGAAGAAUCAGGAAGGCUUCACCGUCUUUCAGAUCAAGCCAGUCCUCCAUGUUCAACCAAACCCCACCAUGUUUGAGGAUAAGUACAAGUCUUUGGAAUCCAAAGAUCAGAAGUUGAACCAGAUCCCAGAGUCCUGAUGCGCUUUAAAGUGGGGUUAGGGGAGGCAGGUGUGGGUAGUGGGGAGGGAUUGGAAAAAAAAAGGGAGGGGGGAGGAUGGGAGACAGCUUUCUCACAGCUUGACGGGGGACCAUUACCAGCCAGAAGCGGGGCCUUACUCCUGGGGUGGCCUGAGGACAAGCCUCCAGACUCAUGAGUCCUGACAGCCAGCACAAAUCCAUUCUGUUCCGACUUCUGAAGGUCCAUCCGCUAGCCCUUCGGCAAGGCCACCGCACUGUACAGUGACUUCACAAAUGUUGAGGUUCUUCAGGCCCCAUUCUGGGCCUGGGAGGCAGGAAGGGUGGACUUUGGGGGGCUGGAGGAGGGCAGCGAGGUGAUGGCAGUUGUUUUUUUAAAAGUCAUUUUCACAAAGACUGUUGGCCCUUAUGCCAGGGUCUGACUUUAGCCGGGGAGAAGAUAGCUGAGGGUCAAAUUCUCUUUCUCUGAUUUCUUACAUUUUCUUUGUACACAGCAGCUCUAAACCCCUUUGUACCAAUAGUGUGGCUGGUUUUUAUUUACUUUACUUCUGUGUA